AUGUCCGCAAAACAUUUCAUCGACGACCCGACUCACCUCGUCCAGACUUCUCUCCACAGCUUGACCCUAACCAACCCGUCUGUUGCCUUUGAUGCGCAGAACCGAAUCGUAUAUCGGCGACCAACGAAGGAGUUGACAGAAAAUCCAAAAGUCUCCAUUAUCACCGGUGGAGGCUCAGGACAUGAGCCGGCAUUUGCAGGCUUCGUUGGGAAAGGCUUCGUCACAGCUGCGGUCGCAGGCACUAUUUUCGCGAGUCCCUCCGCCGAGCAAGUUCGGCGUGCCGCUCUUACAAGAGUACCCACAGAGAAAGGAGUUGCUAUUGUCACUUUCAACUACACCGGAGAUGUCUUGAACUUUGGCAUGGCUGCCGAAAAGGCAAAGGCCGCCGGUGUUGAUACCGAGUUCUAUGCAAUCGGCGAUGAUGUGGGCGUUGGCCGGGCAAAAGGAGGCAAGGUUGGUAGAAGAGGUAUCGGUGGUUCUAUCCUGGUUCUCAAGAUAAUAGGUGCUCUCGCCGAAGCCGGUGGGAGUCUGAAAGAGGUCUACAACCUUACAAAACAAGUUGCCGGAAACCUUGUGUCUGUCGGAGCGUCAAUGGAACAUGUCCACGUUCCUGGGCGAGAGAAACCAGACCCAAACUCUGACGAGAUCAUACCGACGGAAGAGAUUGAGAUCGGUAUGGGCAUUCACAACGAACCGGGCAGUCAUCGCGUCUCCGCAACACUACCUGAACUCAUCAAGACUAUGCUGGCGCAGAUGCUAGAUCCUAAUGAUAAGGACAGACACUACGUCGACAUCAAGAAGAAUGACAAGACUGUCCUGCUGAUAAACAAUCUGGGUGGUGUUAGCAAUCUGGAAAUUGGCGGCAUCUUAGCUGAGGUGCACAAACAACUCAAAGAAGACUGGGGUAUUGUUCCCGUCCGAGUCAUCGCAGGUACCUUCAUCACUUCACUUAACGGCCUGGGAUUUUCGGCAUCUAUAUUGAAGCUGGAGGACACCGGACUCGGACCAGGCAAGUCAAUGCUCGAACUCCUCGACGCCCCGGCCGAGGCCUUUGGGUGGGCUGCCGCCACCCGGACCUCAACUUGGGAAGCUGAUAACACCGCAACUAUGGAGGGUCACGCCGCGGUGACAGCAGAAGGCAAAACCUCCAAUCUAAAACUCGACCCCAAGAAAGCACAUGAGACCCUCAAGGCUGGUCUGGACAAGAUGAUCGCGGCAGAAGCAGAAGUCACCAAGUAUGACACCAUCAUUGGAGACGGCGACUGCGGCAUCGGUCUCAAGCGUGGAGCUGAAGCCGUCCUGAAGGAGCUCUCGUCUGGUGACCUACCUACCGACGCUGUCGCUUUUGUCAAUAAAAUUGUGCCCGUGGUGGAAAACACUAUGGACGGCACUUCCGGUGCCAUCUACGCCAUCUUCCUCAAUGCAUUGGCCCAUGGACUUCGAGAACAAGACACUGGAUCUUCCACGACCGUGGACGCCAAGGUCUGGGCUGCAGCCCUCAAGUCGAGCCUUCAAGCGCUGGGCAAAUAUACACCGGCAGUGCCCGGUGACAGAACACUGAUGGAUGCACUUGUGCCUUUCGUCGACACGCUGAGCAGCACAGGGGACGUCAACAAGGCAGCACAGGCGGCUAAAGAAGGCGCUGAAAAGACCAAGAGCAUGAAGGCGAGCCUCGGAAGGGCUGUGUAUGUCGGUGCAGAGGACGAAUGGAUGGGCAAGAUUCCGGAUCCCGGAGCUUGGGGUCUGCAAGAAUUUCUGAUCGGACUAGCUGGUGCCUGUUAG